GCACAACCUAGCACUAUGUAGCCUAAGUGACAGCAACAAUGAGCGACCUAGCCAAGUAUCGUCGACUACUGACAUUGGCGACGCGUCCAGUGGCCAGAGGGCAUACUCUCUGCUUUAAAUAUUACGGCUCCUCCAGCAUGCGGUUAUUCUCGUCCACGAACAGAAGCAACGAAUCCAGCGGGAACUUUGGACAGGCCUUCAAUUCUGCUGCCUUAUUUCGCAUCACAGACCCACCAAACCCCAAUUGGCAACUGAGACAGGGCCUCCCAGAGGACCUCGAACCUGGAAAGUCGUGGAAAGCAGAAGAAGAGGAAGGCUGGAGGACUUGGAACCUCUCAAACACACCACCGAGGGAGGUGUAUCCUCUAUUGACUUCGUGCAUCGUGCCUCGCCCCAUCGCGCUCGUGUCCAGCAUCUCUUCCGAUGGGGUGUCAAACCUUGCCCCGUUCAGCUACUUUUCCAUGGUCGCGCACAACCCACCGUUAUUGAGCAUUUCCUUCUCUUUGUCUCCGCAGAAGCCAAAAGACACCAGGGAAAAUAUUCUUGCGACAAAACAGUUUACCGUAAGCAUCAUGAGCGAACCAUUUAUAGAAGCAGCGAAUAUCACAUCUGUGGACGCCCCUGCUGAUGUGGAUGAAUGGGACGUCAGCGGCUUAACCAGAUCGACCAGCAUAGACGUGCGGCCCCCAUGGGUGAAGGAAAGUGCCAUCGGUCUUGAAUGCGAGUUGUUCUAUUCAUAUGACAUUCGUCCGCCAAAUUCGGGCGAGAUCACGCAUACGUUGGUCUUAGGCCUCAUUAAGCGGGCACAUGUUAGAGAGUCCGUUUUGACUGCAAGCGGUACCGUUGAUCCCGCUAAGCUUCGCGCCGUGUCACGCCUAGGCGGUACCAUGUACGCAAGGAUCGGAGACGGUUUCGAACUUUCCAGGUCGCCUUGGAAAGCGAUACGAGAUCAAGUCAUGUCUCGCGCGUCAGAGUAGGGAGUCUGUUGCACUGUAAUGGAGACGAGCACGUACUCCACCACUGAUAGAUGAGUCCGCAGUCAUAUUAGUUUGCAUUUGGAAGUUUUCAGGUCGAGGGAUGCAAACGUGUCGAAGAUGCUUAUGAGAUGCCAAGACAACGUUCCUUCGCGGAAGCAUCGACCAAUGAGAAGGGCCACGGAUAUGGAAUGCCUGGCACCAGCUGAUGGAUCUGAUCUUUGCGGCCAACUUGGCCCGAAUAAUCGACAAUGUAUUUCUCACCGGAUGGAACAAGCUACGCUUCCCCAUGGUACAAGGUCGAAAUGAAGCAAAGUCUAUAC